AUGUUUGCAUCACAGUUUGAUAAUUUUGCAUAUUAUCUAUCUCCGUUGCAUCAUAUCUAUUUCAGUUGCAUAAUAUCUCAGUUGCAUAUUAUCUAUCUUAGUUGCAUAUUAUCUAUCUAUCUCAGUUACAUAAUAUCUAUCUCAGUUGCAUAUUAUCUAUCUAUCUAUCUAUCUAUCUAUCUAUCUAUCUAUCUAUCUAUCUAUCUAUCUCUUAGUUGCUUAAUAUAUAUCUAUCUUCAAUCUAUAUCUAUCGCUCAAUAUUUCAGUCAUUCAAUAUCUAUCUAUCUAUCUCAUCACGUAACUUCUAUCUCUCUCUCUCUCAGUCGCUUAACAGCUAGCUCUCUCUCUCUCUCUCUCUGUCACUCACUAUCUAUCUAUCUAUCUAUCUAUCUAUCUAUCUAUCUAUCUAUCUCAUUAAUAUCUAUCUCUCUCAUUCGCUUAAUAUCUAUCUAUAUAUCUCUGUAUCUAUCUAUGUAUCUCAGUCUGUCCAUUAUCCAUCUGCCUUUUUCUUUGCAUCUCACUGUUAAUAUCUCUCCGUCUAUCUGUAUAUCUCUCUCACUCACUCACUCAAUCACUCACUCACUAUCUAUCUAUCUAUCUAUCUAUCUAUCUAUCUAUCUAUCUAUCUAUCUUAAUAUCCAUCUGAUGCUUAUAUCUAUCUAUCUAUCUAUCUAUCUAUCUAUCUAUCUAUCUAUCUAUCUAUCUGUUCUUUAUCUAAGUUUGUAUACAUGUAGAGAUACAGAUGAACAGAAAUCUCUCAUUCGCCCCCCCCAACCUCUUUCUCUAUGUUUGGACUUACAUAUGGUAGAUAGAAAGAAGCAAUCUCUAUCCCCCCCUCUCUCUCUCUAUCUAUCUAUGUAG